CCGUAAGGAAUGAGGUCACGUGAUGGAGUGGGGCGGUCGAACUAAGCCAUUUUGGGGACUGUGUCAGUUUGCACUGAACCAUCAGACCGAUGUUUUCCAGAUCGAUGAGCUGAAAACCUACGCAUUUGGAACUUACCAUUUAUAGCCACAAUCUGUGGAUUUAUUUGUGAAUCAAAUCAGAAAGUAUCUGGUAACAGUGAACAAUCGUAACCUAUGUGUAAUUGCGCAAAAAGGCCACAAUGAGCACGGCGGUGGUACGUUAGAGCCAUUGACAGCGUCUGCAGCUCAUUCCAAGAUGGCCGCUUCGGUAGCAUUCAUUUUUUGCUGAUCGACUCUCAAGUUUCAUUGUCUACUAUAACAAAGCUUAGAAAAUUCAAGGAAAUAUACUGGGACGAUCCGUGAAUCUAUCGUAGUAGCGGCUGCGCUUCGACUGGCAAAGAGCCAACUACAACCCGUCGUCAUAGCAACAGUCGGCGAGCUCGCAUAACAAUGCACCGAACAACAAGAAUCAAGAUAACGGAGCUAAAUCCACAUUUAAUGUGCGUUUUAUGUGGAGGAUACUUCAUUGACGCCACCACCAUUGUUGAAUGUUUGCACUCAUUCUGCAAACUGUGUAUUGUGAGGUAUCUGGAGACCAGCAAAUAUUGUCCUAUUUGUGAUGUUCAAGUUCAUAAAACAAAACCUCUCCUGAAUAUCAGGUCAGACAAGACCCUUCAGGACAUUGUAUACAAGCUGGUACCUGGUUUGUUCAAAAAUGAAAUGAAAAGAAGGCGUGAUUUUUAUGCUGCACAUCCAUCAGUUGAUGCUACAAAUGGUUCUAAUGAGGAUAGAGGAGAGGUGGCAGAUGAAGACAAGAGAAUCAUUGCUGAUGAUGAGAUCAUCAGUUUGUCCAUUGAGUUUUUUGAUCAGAGCAAAUUUCAAAGUAAAGAUGGAGAAGAAAAAGAAGCUACAAGAGAGGCUAAUGUAAAACGGUACUUACAAUGUCCUGCCGCUAUGACAGUGAUGCAUCUCAGAAAAUUUCUCAGAAGUAAAAUGGAUAUACCAUGCACCUUUCAGAUUGAGGUUAUGUAUGAAGAUGAGCCUUUGAAAGAUUACUAUACUCUUAUGGAUAUUGCUUAUAUCUACACAUGGAGAAGGAAUGGACCACUGCCAUUGAAGUACAGAGUUCGGCCCGGUUGCAAAAAAAUGAAGUUAAGCGGCCCAAGGGAUGACAUGACUGGUGGGAGAAGGCCUGAAACAGAAAGUGACUCCAGCAGUGACAAACCAAAUAGCCCAGCUGCUGCUGCACCCUCUACAUCCUCCUCUCUGCCCAGCCCAAGCACUCCUAUCCAGUCUCCACAUCCCAACUUCCCUCAUAUUUCCACACUUAAUGGAGUUUCUGCCAAAGUGGGCCCAAACAGCCAAGCUCCUUUCAGCAACAAAGUCUGCAAAACCUCUCUUAAUGGAUCCAACUGUCUUGGGUGACUUGAUAUAAAUGCCAAAGCCAUCAACCCCAUGCAAAUAGAGCUGUGAUGAUGCUUUCUUUAUGAGCCACCUCUCCAGUUUUUUUAUAUUAUUUUUAAAUAUAUUUGUUUUGUCACAACACGUGUAACACAACGUUGUAAUUUUUUGUAUUAACUACUAUCUAUGGCUUAACUAAUAUUGUGAUGAGUACUGAGCGAAAACUCAGAAAGGAGAAUGUAUCUUUUUUUUAUGAAACGUCUUGUUCUUUUAGAUUAGAACAUCAAUGUAUAUAAAUCAUUUUCUUGUCCUUGAAGUCUUCAAUAAAACGCAAGGGGCUGCGCACAAUGUUUUGGUUAAGUAAUUGUUUGUUAUAUCCUUAAGGGCAUUAUUCAGUUAUAAAGGAGAUUUUAACUGUAGACUAUUCAGUUGAAAAGUGCAAAGCCAAACACAUUUUUAAGAACUUAUAACAAAGCGUAAAUACGAAAGUUGGCGAAAAGUUUUAAACGUUAGAUUUACAAAGGGCAGAAAUACUGUGUCAGUAUUGUUUGAGUUUUUUGUGCUCGCUAAAUAAGUUUGUUAAGAAAUGUAGUCUCAAUAUUUUUCCUCAACAUUUAUCUUACGACAAGAAGAUAUAGAUUGUUGAUAGAGGAAGUAUAAGCCUUAUAAGUUCGGAUUUUCUUUCUUGCUUACAUUUCUGUGUUCAAAUGGUUCUAUGUUAAAGCCAAUGUAUCCUUAACUGUUGUACAAUAUUAAAAAAAACUUUGUUUAAAUAAACAUUUUACUUUUUUAUUACUAAA